AUGAAUUCCAAUACCACCCCUUUUCAUGGGUUUCCUGUGUUAGAUACAAGCAUAUGGAGUUCUCUUUUUAAUCCUUCACCAGACCUUCCUGAUAUAAUUUUUACGUUGUCUUUUAUCUGUACAAUUGGAGGAUUUUUGAACCUUUACUUGAAAGACUUUCCAAUUCCUAUCCCAAUAAUAUUGUUUUUAAUUGGAUGCAGUUUUGAAAUAUUAACUUUUACGUCUAUCAAGGUACAAGAAUAUGCAAACGUCAUACAAUGGAUAGAUCCAAAAUUAUUUUUCAGUCUAUUUACUCCAAUAAUUAUCUUCAAUGUUGCAUUUCACAUGGAUGUUUACAUCCUUCAAAGAAUAUUUUGGCAGAUAUUUUUAAUUACUGUUCCUGGCUUCAUUGUAAAUUAUGUCUUAGUCCUUUGGUAUCUGUCAUCGGUGGAUAAAUUACUUUUGCGUACACCCUCAUGGGUAUUAUUUACAACUAUUCUUAUAAGUUCAGAUCCCAUGCUGACUGCAGCUUCUAUAAGAGAACUUGGUCUUUCUAAAGGCCUCAUCAAUUUAAUUAAUGGAGAAAGUCUGAUUACCACUAUAUUAUCUUUUUCUAUGUUCUUUAGUAUUAUUGAUAUUAUCACCAGACUACAAACAAUGGAUCAGUAUUCAGUCAGCUAUGAAAUCUUGAAGCACAUUUUCUCACAUUUUAUAGCAAGUUCUUUGUUUGGAUAUCUAUGCUCAAAAUUGAUUUAUCUAUGGAUAACUAAUGUUUUUGCUGAUGAUAUCAAUCAUAUAAGUUUCUGCUUUUCUGUACUGUACCUUGUCUUUUUUACUGGUGAGCUACUUGGAAUGUCUGGAAUAUUUGCUGUUGCCAUUAUGGGACUUUUUUUAAAUUCUACAACCUUCAAACCAGAAAUAGAAUCACUUCUUCUUGAGUUCUGGAAUUGUCUGUCAUUUGUUGCUUUUCUUUUGGUGUUUAUUCUAACUGGACUUCUAAUUCCUGCACACACAUAUUUAUACAUAGCAUUUUCUGAUAUAUACUAUUCAUUAAAUAUCUGCUUCACACUUACUGUUUUAAGACUUCUGGUCUUUCUAUCUAUGAGCCCUCUUUUGUCUCGACUUGGCAAUGGCUACAGCUGGCGCUGGGCAUUCAUAAUGGUCUGGAGCAAAAUGAAUGGGAUACCUAAUAUAAGCAUGGCUCUUAUAUUUGCCUACUCUGAGCUUUCCCUUGGAACUGAAGAGAAAAAAUCUCAAGUAUUAUUUCAUGGAGUCACAAUAUGCCUUAUUAAUCUGCUUAUUAGUAGAUUUAUUUUGCCAGUGGCAGUUAACAGACUAGGUCUUCGAAAUAUCACAUCAACAAAGUAUAAAUCACUUCAUCACAUAUUCCAACACUUUCAAGAACUUACAAAAUCUGCAGUUUCUGCACUCAAAUUUCACAAAGAUCUUGCUAAUGCAGAUUGGAAUAUUGUUGAGAGUGCAAUUAAACUGCCAAAUCCAUACAUGCUUAACCAAGAAGAAUCAGGAGAAAGUCAAAAGAUUAGAUGUUCAAAAUGUAAUAAGGAAAUAGAUCAAAAUUUGGACAUUGAAGAAAUGAAACUGGCCAACAAGCGUCUACUGUCAACACAAAUAGCAAGCUACCAGAGACAAUACAGGUCGGAGAUUCUUUCCCAGAGUGCUGUGCAGGUGCUACUAGGUACAGCAAAAAGCUUUGUAGAGAAGAGGGAAGAGCAUAUGAGUCUUGAGACAAUAAAAACCCAUUCCCACAGUUAUAGACUUUUUACUUUUAUUAGAAAAUCAUUGCUCGAGUGGGUGUAUAAUACUAAAAAGGAAAAAGGAAUCCCAUCAAGAUUUUCUCCUCUUCGUCUAUGCCACAAAAUUGCAUUUACUGAUGAAUUUCAGCAUGUUGGAUACCUCGUGGUAUUAAUGAAUGCAUUUCCUAUAAUAAUCUCUUGGGUAUCCUACUUCGGUAAUUUUUAUAAGCAGGAAAUAAUAUAUUGUAACUAUUAUUUUCUUCUGCUGUAUAUACUGGAACACCUAAUUAGGAUGGGGGCAAUGAGGAAAGAUUAUUUUUUAUUUGCAUGGAACCAAUUUGAAUUAUCAAUUACCUGCUUUGGAAUAGUUGAACUAAUACUAAUUGAAACAAGUGCUAUUAAUAUUUUUCAAUUUGAAGUAACAUUCAUUAUGGGUAUUGUUCGAUGUCUUCGUAUGCUACGUAUUAUAAAGCUCAUAACACCCAAGUUACUGCAAAUAACAGAUAAAAAGAUAAGUGAUCAGCAAUCCUUUUGGUAUGCAAUAGUAAAAGGAUAUGUUCAAGGUGAAGCUGACACAAUAACUAUAAUUGAUCAAAUUGCAUGUUCUAAACAGUCUAAACAGAUGCUUUUAAGGAAAAUGACAAAGAAUAAUGUACACGCUAUGAAAGAGCUAGGUUAUUUAGAGUAUGAUCACCCAGAAAUUGCUGUUGCUAUGAAAACGGUGGAACAGAUAAAUGUCAUGCUCAAUAUGGCUAUAGAAAUUGUAAAGAAUUUUGGGUUAAAGGGAGCUAUUCAAAAAAUUGAAAGUUCUGAAAUUAAUAAGUUAAUAAUGGCCAAAAAGAAAGAAAUAAUCAAUCUUCAACCUACUAUCAAACCUCUAACUGUUAGUGAAGCAUUACUUCAUAUCCCAUGGCUAGAUAAAGACCAGAAUAAAAUAAACUUCAUUCUGGAAGAAUCUAAAUUUAUAACAUAUGACUGUGGAAAUUAUAUAUUUGAAGAAGGUGAAAAGCCUGAAGGAAUUUAUAUCAUUAUUUCAGGCAUGAUAAAGCUUCAAAGAUCAAAGCCAGGUUUUGGGAUUAACCAAAUACUCUGGGAGUCAGAGGAGCAAGAUGAUGAGAUCUUUUACACAGACUACUUGAUCAGUGGGGCAAUAUUAGGAGAAUUAUGCUGUUUAACCAAUAAACCUAUGAAAUAUUCUGCCUCUUGCAAAACAGUAGUAGAGGCAUGUUUUAUUCCAAAAUAUCAUUUACGUAAAACUUUUGAAUAUUUCCCAGAUUUUAUAGAAUAUAAAAUGUGGCUAAAAAUUGGCCUUUCCAUUACUGCCAGCAAAAUCAAGGAACAUUUAUCUUAUGAGGAUUGGAACUACAAACUGCAAUUAAAGCUCUGUAAUGUUUUUAUAAGGGACAUUCCAACGGGCACCAAAACUGAUAUCUAUGAUGAAACUGUAAUUUAUGUCAUCCUCAUACAUGGAUCUGCAGAAGAUUGCCAAUUACGAAAAAUUUACAAGUCGCCUUUCUUAAUUCCAAUAACAUGCUAUCAGGUACAAGGCAUUGAAGACCUUACAAAGGUAAUGGUUGUCCAAACUCCAUUAGAUGUGAAAAGAUUCAGAUGGAAUGCUAGGAAGUAUGGGACUACACGUAAACUUGUAUCAUCAAUUUGUGAAGAAUAG